GUUCGCGAAGGGAAGGCUCAAGGGUCGAUCUGCUUUGUAGGCAUGAGUCGACAUUUCCAUCUAUUAGAGAAACUAUAUAUCCGUGGGUUUGUCUCGUUAGUCUGUUGAUUCGCGUUCCACCAGUUCUCCUACUCGCCGGUCGAUCCGUUGUUGGUCGAAGCGAGGAAACGUGCUUAUUGUUUUGCUCUCGCAUUGCAAAAUCACUACAUUGUUGAGAAGUGAAGAGUAGAGCACAAGCUCGCCCGCCAAAACAUGGGCGAUAACCAAACUGACCAGACAUCGCCGCUGGAUUCUUUCUGCGGAUCCACAUUCUGGGAUCUGGAUCAAACCUGGAAUACCAAUAACCCAAGUUUCACAGAAUGUUUUCAUCAAACAGUGCUUUAUUGGAUUCCUUGUGGCUUCAUUUGGCUCUUAGCACCAUACGAAACAUACCAAAUACUGUAUAGCAAUGCCCGCUAUAUACCAUGGUCUAUCUUCAAUAUCAGCAAAAUGAUCAUCAACUUGCUUCUGAUCAUACUUUCAAUUAUCAGCAUUAUAUACGCGGUGAUCCAGAGUAACAACGAUGUACAGCUCUAUACAUAUGAUGUGUAUUAUGUAACUCCUGCAAUAUUGGCAGCCACAUUUGUGUUGACCCUAGGGCUAAUGUUGGCAGAGAAAAAGAGAGGCAUUAGAUCAUCUGGACCUUUGUUUAUGUUUUGGUUCCUUCUCACUCUUUGUGGUGGGUUUACUUACGCUGAUCGCAUUAAAUCCAUCGUUGACGGGAUGGACAGUUUGGAGGCAUAUCCGUUUGUCUGGGAAAUGGUCUAUUAUCCGUUUGUUGUUGCAAUGUUGUUUAUCAAUUGCUUCGCUGAUAAGGAACCUUUGUACAUGGAAGGAGAGGGAAAAUCUGAGAACCCUUGUCCCGAAGAAGGCUCUUCAUUUCUGAAUGUUAUUACAUACUCCUGGUUGGAUACAUUGGUCUGGAAAGGGUAUAGGAAACCUCUAGAGACGGGUGACCUGUGGGACUUAAACAGCCGAGAUAAAUCCAAAUCAGUUGUCCCUCGGUUUGAAAAACAUUGGUUAAAGUCCCUCAGUAAACAAGCAAAAAAGCCAAGUGAACCCAAAGCAACUUAUGGAGCGGAGAACGGUGGUGUUACUUUCAAACCAUCUACAUCGUCUAAAAAGAUUAUUUCGAUUUUACCUGCCCUAUGCAAAACUUUUGCACCAGAGUUUCUUUUAGGAGCUUUACUGAAACUUGUUCAAGAUCUCUUGGCAUUUGUCAGCCCACAAAUCCUCAGUUUGCUUAUCGGAUUUGUAGAGGACACAACGCAGGAAAGCUGGAAAGGUUAUUUGUAUGCCGCAAUUCUGACCAUCACUGCCAUGACUCAAACUUUGAUCUUGGGUCAAUAUUUUCAACGGAUGUUUAUAAUUGGUAUGCAAAUUAGGACUUCUAUCGUCUCAUCCAUUUAUCGAAAGGCGAUCAAAAUUUCGAAUAGUGCUCGCAAGGAAUCAACUGUCGGGGAAAUCGUCAACUUGAUGUCGGUUGACGCACAGAGGCUCAUGGAUCUAACCACCUACCUCAAUAUGCUAUGGUCGGCUCCGCUGCAGAUUGCAUUAGCAAUUUAUUUCCUUUACCAAAUCCUUGGUCCUUCGGUUUUUGCAGGUUUGGGGGUUAUGAUUCUUUUGAUUCCUAUCAACGGAGUGUUGGCUAAUGCUACAAAGAAACUGCAAAUUCAACAGAUGAAGUACAAGGACAAACGCGUCAAGAUGAUGAGUGAAAUUUUAAGUGGAAUCAAGGUCUUGAAGCUUUACGCCUGGGAACCUUCAUUUCAAGCACAAGUCGAAGACAUUCGAAACAAGGAGAUCAAGGUUUUGAAGCAGGCGGCCUACCUUAGCGCUGGAACAUCAUUUCUUUGGACUUGCGCACCUUUCUUGGUUACUUUGGCCACAUUUGCAGUUUACGUGACGACAGAUCCCAGUCACAUUCUCAAUGCCAAGAAAGCUUUCGUCUCUUUGACUCUGUUCAAUCUGCUCCGUUUUCCCAUGUCAAUGUUUCCAAUGCUUGUCGUGUCGUUCGUCCAGGCUAGCGUUUCUAUUAAACGUCUGAACAAAUUCAUGAACGCUGAUGAGCUGGAUCCCGAAUCAGUUUCUCAUGAAACUACAGCAAGUGCAAUCAACAUUGAAAAGGGUUCCUUUGCAUGGUCCCAAGGCGAACAACCCAUUCUUAAAGAUAUCAACAUUGAAAUUAAACCUGGAAAACUUGUCGCAGUCGUUGGCCAAGUGGGUGCAGGCAAAUCUUCGCUGAUUUCUGCAAUCUUGGGAGAAAUGGAAAAACUUGGUGGGAAGGCUAAUACAAACGGAAAGAUCGCUUACAUCCCACAACAAGCCUGGAUCCAAAACUGCAGUCUACGCAAUAAUAUCAUGUUUGGCAAAACCUACAAUGAAUCAUUUUACAACAAAGUGAUAAACGCCUGUGCUCUGAAACCUGAUCUUGCCAUGCUUCCUGGUGGCGACAGCACAGAAAUUGGAGAGAAGGGUAUCAACUUAAGUGGUGGACAGAAGCAGCGUGUCAGCUUGGCUCGUUCCGUUUACUCUGAUAUGGAUGUAUACCUUUUGGAUGAUCCUUUAAGUGCCGUUGAUAGCCACGUAGGAAAACAUAUUUUUGACGAAGUCAUUGGCCCCAAGGGACUUCUGAAAGCUAAGACACGAUUGCUCGUGACUCAUGGCAUCACUUUCUUGCCUCAAGUAGACCAAAUUAUUGUCUUGAAAAACGGAGAAGUGUCUGAAGUGGGUUCUUAUAAAGAAUUGCUGGCCCAAAAAGGAGCUUUUGCAGAAUUUCUCUUGCAGCACUUGGAAGAAGAAGGCGCUGAUGAAGAUGACAUUCCCGACGAACUCGCUGAAAUUAAACAAGAACUAGAAAACACAAUGGGCAAGGAAGAAUUCGCCCGUCAAAUUUCUCGUCAGCGCGCAACAUCUGAAACGCAGAGCCAGAAUAGCGAAAAUGCCGAAAGUAAACCCAUGAUUGCCUCUCCGGAUCGUAGCUUAUCCAGAAGUAACUCGACCACAAGUAUGGAAAAGAGUGGAGGAAGUUUGCGACGACGUAGCUCAGCCAAAGAUCGAAAAUCUGUCGAUGGUGGGGCUCCUGUCGCGAAACCAAACAACACCAAACUGAUUGAAGCCGAAAAAACUGAAACGGGCAAAGUUAACAGCCAAGUGUACGUCCACUAUUUGCGAUCCGUUGGCGGAUGGUUGUCGUUCAUUACUUUGAUUCUGUAUAUCAUUUAUCAGGGUUUUGCCGUAUAUUCCAAUAUUUGGUUAGCUAAGUGGUCAGAAGCUGGAAAUUCGACUGUUGGAAACCAUACCGUUGAACAACAAAGAGAUAUCUACUUGGGUGUCUACGGCGCGCUUGGUUUGGGUCAAUCUAUCUUUUUGCUGAUUGGAACUAUCACGAUCUCCCUUGGUUGCCUUCAGGCUUCCGCUAUUUUGCAUGAGGGUAUGAUUGCCCGCACUUUCCGCCUUCCUAUGUCGCAUUUUGACACGACUCCGAUUGGUCGUAUCGUCAACCGAUUCGCCAAAGACGUGGAUGUUGUAGACAAUCUCAUACCAUCGAGCAUCCGAACUGCACUUUUAUGCUUUCUUUCGGUCAUCAGUACUAUACUAGUUAUUGGUCUCGGAACCCCUAUCUUCUUUGCUGUUGCCGUACCGAUUGGAGUUCUCUAUUACUGGAUUCAGAAUGUUUAUGUGGCUACAUCAAGGCAACUUAAGCGUCUAGAAUCUGUUUCAAGAUCUCCCAUUUAUUCACACUUUGGCGAAACACUUACUGGUGCUACCGUUAUUCGAGCAUAUGGUCAAGAACAUCGAUUUAUCAAAGAAUCCGAGUCUCGCGUGGAUCUUAAUCAGAUUUGUUAUUACCCGAGUAUUGUUGCUAAUCGAUGGCUGUCGAUCCGUUUGGAAACUAUUGGUAACUUAGUGGUUCUCUUCGCUUCUUUAUUCGCCGUUAUCGAAAGAGAAAAAGGAACUAUGGACCCCGGUUAUGUUGGACUGUCCAUCACUUACGCCCUUAGUAUUACACAAACACUCAACUGGUUUAUGCGGAUGACGUCCGAGGUCGAAACGAACAUCGUGGCCGUAGAGAGAAUCAAGGAGUACAGUGAAGCUGUACAAGAAGCUUCAUGGGACCACGGGAAACGUGAACCACCUAAUUCAUGGCCCGACAAAGGCAAGGUUUCGUUUGAGAAAUAUGAAGUUCGCUACCGUGAAGGACUUGACUUAGUUAUCAAGGGAAUUACUUGCGACAUUCAAGGUGGUGAAAAGGUUGGCAUCGUUGGACGUACUGGAGCAGGAAAAUCCUCGUUGACAUUGGCUCUGUUCCGUAUCAUCGAAGCCGCUUCUGGGAAAAUUACAAUUGAUGGAUUGGAUAUUGCCGACCUGGGGCUUCACGCUCUGCGAUCUCGGUUGACUAUUAUUCCUCAGGACCCUGUUUUGUUCUCGGGAACGUUGCGCAUGAACUUAGAUCCGUUCAAUUCUUAUUCUGAUGAUGAUAUUUGGACUGCGUUAGAGCACGCUCACUUGAAGACAUUCGUCAAGUCGUUACCAGCAGGUCUAGAACAUGAAGCUUCAGAGGGGGGCGAGAAUUUAAGUGUAGGUCAACGUCAGUUGAUUUGUCUCGCUCGCGCUCUUCUCCGCAAAACGAAAGUCCUCAUUCUGGAUGAAGCAACGGCUGCCGUUGAUUUGGAAACUGAUGAUCUAAUUCAAGCCACGAUUCGUAAGGAAUUCAAAGAGGGUACCGUUAUCACCAUCGCCCACAGAUUAAACACGAUCCUGGACAGUAAUAGAGUAAUGGUGUUGGAUAAAGGAGAAAUCAAAGAAUACGCGCCACCAAAUGAGCUACUGGAAAAUAAGGAGUCGAUCUUUUAUGGCAUGGCACGAGAUGCCGGUCUGGUAUAAAAGUUUACAUUCACCGUAUUAUUAUAGGCAAAGAUUGAACUUGUGUUGACAAAAAUGUUAUUUUUGAUGAAAAUCUUGGGUGUGUGCAUGAUAUUCCCGUGUGAACCCUUGAAUUCAAUCAGUUAUGUUCAUGACAAGCCCCACAUUAUGGGUCUUUUUUAAUUAGCUGCUAUGUGGUCCAAUUUGUUUGUUAUGCCUUCAGAAUGCAGCAGGCCAGUAGCAUGUUAGUAUUCUUUUGUGUGCAUCCUACCCCUGUGACUGAGUAUGAUCAAUGCAUUCCUACCAUUUGUUCACAAAUACAGAUUUUGUUUUGGCAUUUGAA